AUGGCCUCUUUCUCAGUCCCAUGCCCCAAGUGCCCUUCUACUUCUUCUCCCUCUUUGGGGUUGAAAUCCCAACAGGUUCCAUUUCAAAAUGGGUUGAGCUUCAAGCCUCAUCUAUCAUUCAGAUCUUUGUCUGCUGAAUCUGCUUCAUCUAGGAUUCAGUGUCCUAGCAGGAAGCAAUUUUCUGUUCUGAAGGCUGCUAAAGUUGAAAAUGCUAAUUCUAAUUCUGCUCCUGUAACGGUCGAUGGACCUAAUGUUGCUUCAUCAAAAGAAAAAGAAGUGCUUAAUGGAAAACUCUCUAGUGGCACUAUUGCAGAUGAAACUUCAGCUACUGCAUUCAUGUCUCAAGUUUCAGACCUUAUAAAGCUUGUUGAUUCAAGAGAUAUUGUGGAACUUCAACUUAAGCAAUCAGACUGUGAGCUCACGAUAAGAAAAAAAGAAGCACUGCAGCCUCCACCAGUAGUCGUCCCAGCAUCACCACCACCAAUGCACUAUGCCACAUUUCCACCACCGCCAGCGCCAGCAGCUGCUCCUACUAGCUCUUCACCUCCAAAACAAGUACCUGCUUUGCCUUCCCCUGGAAAAGCAAGCUCAUCUUCUCACCCAUCGCUGAAAAGUCCGAUGGCGGGAACUUUCUACAGGAGUCCAGCACCCGGUGAACCUGCAUUUGUCAAGGUGGGUGAUAAAGUGACGAAAGGCCAGGUUAUUUGUAUUAUUGAGGCUAUGAAACUGAUGAAUGAAAUAGAGGCUGAUCAGUCCGGAACAAUAGCUGAGAUAUUGAUUGAUGAUGGGAAACCAGUCAGUUUAGACACGCCUCUUUUUGUAAUUGUUCCUUGA